GGCUUUGUCUAAAGCUCCGACCCAGGAAAGUCCCAGGGACACUACACCGCAGAGAUGCGGCCUCGGUAACGAGAGAAUCUUGCGGUUGGAGAGACGCAGUCGGCUGAGACGUGGAGCGAGCUUAUGUGGUCUCUCCGAAUGAUACCAUGGCCGUUGGUAACACAACAGUUAUUCACUUAGAGUCCCUUAACAGAACGGGGCUUACGUUUCCAAUGGCAACACCUUUUUAUUUCUUUUGUUGUUUCUAGACGCUCUUUCUUACACACGUGAUUCACUCAAAACGUGAGAAUAACAAAAGUGUAAUAAUAGUGUAGAAGUACUAUUAGAGAUCACAAAGUCCGAGUAGAUAAGAAGAAUAUUUUCUAGUUUCCGUCCACUCAACCAACAAAAGAAGCGAAUCUCCAGCUCGAAUGGAAGAAAAACUUGCACAAAGCUAUUUGCUUUUUUUACAUAAAGCUAAACCAAACACAGGAUUAUGAAGAAGAAACUAGAUAAAUUAUGUUUUCUCUUUUUUUCUUUUUUGAUAAAUAAAAAACAAAGACGAUCACAUUUUUCUGCAAAGCGUAGAAUCAAAGCAAAGCCAAUGCGGGAAAAAAUCUCUAAUCCCACUAAUGUUUUGUUUUACAUAUAUAUAAACCAACAACGUAGAACAUAUUUUGGUUGUAACACAAGGGAGGAUGCAGAGAAGAGAGACUAACGAUGAAAACAAAGGCAUUUGCUGCCGGCUGAUAAGGUACGUGGUAGUUAAACUCAUGUCGGGUCAGAAGGAAGAAAAGUCUGUGAAGAAGAAACUGAUCAAGAAGGGAUCAAAUUCUGAUAUCACAAUCCACUUCAAGGAAAGAGAAGAUAACGCUGCUAAUGCCAUCAACACUAGCUCUAGAUCAGAGAGAGAAAGGGUAAUCAUGCUGGUCAAUGGUGGUAGUGACGUGAAGAGCGUAGCGAGUGAAGCUAGCUUUGUGCGACCUCAUGCUGCGGUGGUGGUUCCUAAGACUGAAGAUGUGAGGAAAAGAUCACAACCGAAGCCGGUUUCCAUUGAUAUUGAUAAGAAAUCAGAUGCUUUUAUUCAGAGUAGACUCGAGAUGAUGAGAAAAAGGCUUUAGCCUCUCCUUAGAACCAGAGAUACACUGGUGCUAUUCAUAUACUAAUAUGUUGUUGUUAUCCAUAAAUUCAUUUUUUUUUAUUUUACGAAACUAAUACUGUCUUUGUUAUUGAUAAAUAGUCUAUCUACUCAUUCAUAUACGUGUGUAUUGUGACUAUGUAUCUUCCCAGUUUCUAUGAAAAUUUACUUUGUUGAAAA